AUGCAGAUUGCCAAAGUUGCUUUCUUUCUCUUCGCUGCUAUCGGCGUGGCGGCGAACCCCGUUGAUGUCGAUGGCAGCGGCAUAGACGCCGGAGUCUCUGGCGGGGAGGACAUGAACACGUUGAUAACGUACACUGGGAAAUGCACCAGAGGCAGAAACUACAAGGAGGACACGUGCAAGUUCAAGGGCCAAAAGGGCAAGACUACCAUUGUCCGGUGCCCUCGAUUUGCCAACCAGAGGGUGAGUUUCGAUACACAGUACACAGGUGCUAUUAAUGGGCCGAAGAAAAACAUUGGCCAGUCGAAGAACUUCAACGCCACAACGGCGUAG